CUCUUACCAGUUGAAGCCGGUAGUAUAUCUUACAUUGCACUUAUAAUGCAACGCCUAUAACUCAGAGAGAUAUCUUUUAACCAAGUCUCAUUGUUUCCAAUAUGCAAACAGAACAACAUUAUCUUAUCGUUUGACAUUAGUCGAAGUAAUACGUUACUGGUAACACGCCUCGCGAACGAUAGCUGUGAUGUGAAAUCUUGCGUUGCCUAGUUAAAAUAUAUUCGAGUGCGGUUUUAGAGAUGAACGUAUAGUUUUUUUUGCAUUAUCGCGUCUCUAUUUAUCACUAUGACGGACAGUUCUCUAGAUCUUCAGGAGUUGGAAAAAUUGAGAUCAACCAGUUUUCACAGGGAAUCAGAAUGUCCAAAACCGAAUAUAGCCGAGGCGUCACACAAGUGGCGAUUAAUUCUAGAACCGGCACUCGUUGGUGCUAUGAUGGCCAUAAAUCUUGGCCAGACUUCGCUCCAGAAUUUUUAUUUACGGACUGCAUGCCAUGAAUUAAAUUACACAGCCGAUGUAUGCGACAGAGGCGUUGGUGCAGAAUUUCGCGAGGCAGAGGCAGACAGCCAAGCUCUGGUCUCCAGUAUAAACGUCAGCCGGAGCUUCAUAGGAUCUCUUAUUUCUACGAUUGUACUUUUAUUUAUUGGACCAUGGAGUGACUGUAGUGGUCGAAGGAAACCACUGCUCAUAAUUCCUUUAGUCGGUAUGUGUGUAAUGACCACAGGAGUGCUGUUAAUGCUUAUAUUUCCUGGUGCGAGUACAGCCCAGGUGCUAUAUGUUGUACAAAUACCUAUAUCAAUGGGUGGAAACUUUGGACUAUUACUGGCAGCGUCGUUUAGCCAUAUUGGAGAUCUAUGUCACGCGAGCGGUCGUGACGUCACCCGCACGAUGGGCACUCACCGCGCUGCCAUACAAAUCGCCCACGUAGUAGGCUCUGUGAGCGGGCCCCUACUCUACCGCCGUCUUGGAUUCUACGGUGUGUUUCCUCUUGUUUUAUUACUGCAGGUGGCAUCUCUCAUCUACGUGGUGGUGAUGGUCAGAGACGUAAAUGUAAACCGUGAAAACAAGAUAUGGAUAUUAAACUGGCGGUUGCCGCUAAACGCCGUACAAUGCCUGGUUAGGAAAAGAGAAGAACAUAAGAGAAUGGUUAUACUUCUUAUGUUGGUGGUCGCACUUGGAGACAGGAUGUUGUUAUCAGCCGAGGUAUUGCUGGCUUACAUGUACUACCGAUACAAGUUCCAAUGGGAUGAUGUGUUAUUCGGAUCCUUCCUUGCCUACCGGAACACUAUCAGCUUUGCCGGUACACUACUUAUUCUCACGAUAUUUAAACGUCGGCUUCGACUCUCCGAUGAGGUUGUUGGAAUGCUCAGUUGUACCUCGUACAUCGUCGCCACGUGUUCACUCAUUGCCGCUAACACCACCAUUUUUGUUUUCAUAAUUCCAAUCAUCGGUAUCAUCUCGCAGGGAUCCCAAGUGGUACAGCGGCCUCUGUUGAACAAGCAGAUAUUACCAACUGAACAAGGUAAAAUCUAUAGUGUAUUGGGUGCUCUAGAAUCCGCAACUCAAACAUUUUCAUCCCCGCUGUACUCAUUACUCUACACGAAAACUGUGUCAUCCGUUCCCGAUGCGUGGCUGAUACCGGGCAUCAUACUAGCCGUUAUACAACUUCUUUCAUACCUGCUUACUAGAAGUCUGAAACGAUUAACCCCUAAUGAAAGUAUACCUGAAAAAAAUGUACCUCUAAACAAAAUUGAGGCAAACUGUGACCCUACCAAAGAGAAAGAUCUAAAUAAUAAAGAAGCUAAAAGUGCUUUGUCUUUAUGUAAUUCGUAAUAUUCGUUAAGUAUAUUAGUUUAAGUUCCUUAUGAGAAUGAUUACAUAUUUCUUUUUUU